AUGGCUGCCAACGAGGACCGUCUGCUCCCUCUUCGCAUCACCUUCACCCGCACGCCCCCGAACCUUGUUCCGAAUGCCCCCUUCAUUCCUUCUGCCGAAGAAGCCGAGCACAGAUACUAUGGCAUUCCCUCCCAGCCUUACUUUAUCGCUCGUUCUAGUCAUGACACUUGGGCCAUGCCGACGGGUAUGGACGCCUACAUCCAACCCAGGGAGUUACAUGGUGUCGGCAAACACCCUCUAUGUGAUGUCUGGGAGGAUGACAUUAGCGUUGCUAUGCAUAACUAUAUGGUGGAACAAGAAGUGCAGUACAGCAGCCUUGACCCAGUCCGCAUCAAAAUAAUCAACGAACCCAUUUCUCCCGUUAUCAUCUGGGUUGGCGUUGAACCUGGCUCCCUCUCUGCCGAGCGUUUUCUUCUCAAAAACGGUAUUGAGGAUGUCCACGUUGAAAUACGUGCAUCUGUAAUCUCUACCUUCGCGAAAAUGUAUAAGCCUGUCCCUACCUCCAACCCCACUGUCCAUGUGCGAGAGGCCUUCUCCACCGCUCUCGGUAUCACCAUCUGCGCCGAAAAGACGCCUAACAUCCAAGGAACAGCUACGCUUUUCUUCACUGUCUCUUCCAAGCCGGGCAAGCUCUUCCUCCUUACUGCUAAACAUGUUCUUUUCCGUGUUGAUGAGGAGAACGAUCAUUACGAGUACCACAGAUCUGGACCCCGCAGGAAUGUUUUGUUAAUGGGCGCGGAUGGCUUCAAAGCUCGUAUCCAGGACAUCGAGAAGGAGAUCGGGGGCACACAUAUCGUUAUUGCGCAUCUUAGGGCUCGGUUGAAGGUUGCUGAUAAGAUGGAGGACCUGGACGAUGCUCAGGCGGAACGAGAAGAUAUCCAGCCCCAGUUAGACAAGGCGGAAAAAGCUGUCAAACAGCUCAAGCUGUUCCUUGCCGACCUCAAAAGAGACUGGGAGGACCCGAAGAGUCGUAUCAUUGGUCAUGUUGUUCUUUCUCCCCCUCUCAUCCAUAGCGUAGGGAAGGACGGUUUUACUCAAGAUAUUGCAAUCAUAGAGGUCGAUACCACCAAAAUUGAUGCCACCAACUUCAUUGGCAACGUCAUCGACCUCGGGACUGAGAUCCCUGUCAAGACCCUUACCGCCUGGAUGCACCCUAACCCCGCCAACCAACCUUCUUUCGAGUACCCUCCUAACCGCCUCCUCCAGUUCCGUGGCACCCUUUCCAACGACGAAAUGUGUAAACCUAACCCCAAGAACAUUGAUGACAGAGGUGACCCGACCAUCAUGGUCUUCAAGCGUGGCUGCAGUUCAGGGCUCACUGUCGGAUGUCUCAACAACAUCUGUUCGGUCGUUCGCAAAGCAAUCAAGACCAAGCCUGGUGUAUUUUCAAAGGAGGUCGCCGUGUUGCCUCGCACUUCUAAAUCUGGCGCAUUCUCCGAAGGUGGAGAUUCUGGCGCGGCUGUCAUCAACGGCCGGGGUGCUGUUGCUGGUAUGCUCACCGGUGGUGGCGGAUCCGGUAAGGUAUCGGACUGCACUUAUGUUACCCCCAUCACUUUCCUCCUCGAGCGCUUGAAGGAGCUCUGUUUCCCUGCUAACAUCUUCCCCACGGCUGCCGAUGUUUUCGAUUAA